CUGGUGCUGUGCGCGGGCUAUGCGCUGCUGCUGGUGCUCACCAUGCUGAACCUCCUGGACUACAAGUGGCACAAGGAGCCGCUGCAGCAGUGCAGCCCCGACGGGCCUCUGGGCGCCGCAGCGGGGGUUGCGGGGGGCGGCUGGGGGCGUCCGGGGUCGCCUCCGGCAGCGCCGCCCCGUGCUCACACCCGUUUGGACAUCCGCACCCAGUACCGCCCGCCAGCCAAUGCCGUCGCGGCGGGGCUGGCAGGGGCCAGGGGCCCUCCGGGCAAUGGCAGCAGGGGCAGCGGGGGCAAGCGACAGCUGGUGUACGUGUUCACCACGUGGCGUUCGGGCUCGUCCUUCUUUGGCGAGCUCUUCAACCAGAACCCCGAAGUGUUCUUCCUCUACGAGCCAGUGUGGCACGUGUGGCAAAAGCUGUACCCCGGGGAUGCCGUUUCUCUGCAGGGGGCGGCGCGGGACAUGCUGAGCGCUCUCUAUCGUUGCGACCUCUCUGUCUUCCAGUUGUACAGCCCGGCAGGCAGCGGGGGGCGCAACCUCACCACGUUGGGCAUCUUUGGCGCGGCCACCAACAAGGUGGUGUGCUCUUCGCCACUCUGCCCCGCCUACCGCAAGGAAGUCGUGGGGCUAGUGGACGACCGUGUGUGCAAGAAAUGCCCGCCGCAGCGCCUGGCCCGCUUCGAAGAGGAGUGUCGGAAGUACCGCACGCUCGUCAUCAAGGGCGUGCGGGUCUUCGACGUGGCUGUAUUGGCCCCUUUGCUGCGCGACCCGGCCCUGGACCUCAAGGUCAUUCACCUGGUGCGCGAUCCCCGCGCCGUGGCCAGCUCACGCAUCCGCUCACGCCACGGCCUCAUCCGCGAGAGCCUGCAGGUGGUGCGUAGCCGGGACCCGCGCGCCCACCGCAUGCCCUUCUUGGAGGCCGCCGGCCACAAGCUGGGUGCCAAGAAGGAGGGCAUGGGUGGGCCAGCUGAUUACCACGCGCUUGGUGCCAUGGAGGUCAUCUGCAACAGCAUGGCCAAAACGCUGCAGACGGCCUUGCAGCCCCCUGACUGGCUGCAGGGCCACUACCUGGUGGUGCGGUACGAGGACCUGGUGGGAGACCCUGUCAAGACUCUGAGGAGGGUAUACGACUUCGUGGGGCUGCUGGUGAGUCCUGAGAUGGAGCAGUUUGCGUUGAAUAUGACUAGUGGCUCGGGCUCCUCCUCCAAGCCCUUCGUGGUGUCUGCCCGCAAUGCCACGCAGGCAGCCAAUGCCUGGCGGACCGCCCUCACCUUCCAGCAGAUCAAACAGGUGGAGGAGUUUUGUUAUCAGCCCAUGGCAGUGCUGGGUUAUGAGCGAGUCAACAGCCCGGAGGAGGUCAAAGACCUCAGCAAGACCUUGCUCCGGAAGCCUCGGCUGUGAGAGCGCUUUUGGGGUGAUCAGACUCCCUGUGGAGACACCCACAGGAUUGUGACAAGAUUGUGGUGUGCUUAAACAAACACAGCCCAGACCCAAACUGAAAGAGCUCUCAUACUCGAUUACAGAUACAUAAUAUAAAUAACCACACAGGCAUUUGCUGUCAAUUAAGUCAUUGAAUUUCAAGGAAUAGCCACAACACACCCAUCUCAAAAAAGGCAAGACUUGACAGUUCUGACCAGCUGCUCCUCCUUCCCUCUCUCUACCCUUUCUUCCUUACUCUUUCUCCCAUUUCUUACCUUCUCCCCCACCUGCCUUCUAUUUUGAAGUGGGAUGUUGAUAAUAUCAAGUUCUAGUAACCCAAAUCUGUUUACAAACUUUCCGUGGUAUUUGUGAACAUGUAAAAGAAUAAUUUGGAUGUGGGGUGUGGGGUGGAGAAAGGGGAAGUGGUCCAGGAACAAAAAGCCCCAUUGGGCAUGAUGAACCAAGGAGGCGUUCAUCUAAAGUAGACUUUUGUGUAAAAAGCAAAGGUUACAUGUGAGUAUUAAUAAAGAAGAUAAUAAAUAAUAUACUUUUUA